GUGUGCCAUGAAGUAGAUUGGUCAAAUGUACCAUGUUUGCUUUAAAUGUGUUUACAGUUUAUUUAAGUAGUAUCACUUUUAUUACACAAAUGUUCAUACAGUGUGUUUUUCUUCAGAUAUAUGCUCCACUUACACCUACAGGUAAUUUCAAAACAGGUUUUCAGUACAUGUGGAUUAUAUCAUGCUGGAGGGUUAUCAACGGGAAAUGGGUCGAAUCCCAGAGCAGAGUAAGUCCCGCCCACUGACUCUACCUGCGCGACACCUGAGCACCUGCUGUACCUGUCGGCACAGGCAGCGCGGCGCCGCAGACGCAGCAGCGACCGUAGGGGAACCGGAACGUGCGAUGGCGGAGUCUCAGCUGCUGUGCAUGGACGACGAGCACGUCAACGAGAAGAUCCCGGAGUCCAGACCCGAGUUCUACUACAGCGAGGAGCAGCGGGCGGCUCUGGAGCAGCUGCUGAGGAACGGAGACGGCGCCUACAAGACGCGCCUCAAAGUCGACAACGUCAAGGACUUUCUCUCCGCCAGGGAGGUGAAAUGCAUCCGCAAAACCUUUCAAGACUACGACACGGACAGCGACUCAGAGUCCGGCGAGCACGAGAAGUCCAAGGAGUCCUCCAGCGCCGACUCCGGGGUCCACUCCACCUACUGGCCCCAGAUGUCCGACACCGAGGUCCCGUCCCUGGACAUCGGCUGGCCCGGCACCAGCGGCGUGUACAAGGGGGUGACCCGGGUGUCCGUGUACAGCCACCCACCCAAGGAGCCCGGUCCGCACAUCAAGGAGGUGGUGAGGAGACUCAUACAGGAGUCACGCAAGGUGGUGGCCAUCGUCAUGGACCUCCUGACCGACCUGCAGAUCCUCCAGGACCUGCUGGAUGCCUCGUCACGGCGCGGCGUGGCUGUUUACGCGGUGCUGGAGGCCAGGGGAGUGCCCCACUUCCUGGACAUGUGCACUCGGCUGCAGAUCACUGCAGUGCAUCUGCGGAACCUCCGCGUGCGCAUGGUUAGAGGCGCAGGGCUGGCGCUGUCCUUUGGAAAGCUGCCCGGCUCCUUGAGCUCCAAGUACAUGCUGGUGGACGGAGAGAGGGUCAUGUUCGGGUCUUACAGCUUCACCUGGAGCUCGUCUCGGAUGGACAGGAACACGAUCACGGUGAUGUCGGGGCAAAUCGUGGAUUUCUUCGACAGCGACUUCAGGGAGCUGUACGCCGUGUCUGAACAGGUGGACCUCUACAAGGAGUUCAGCAUCACCAAACCGCCGAUCUCCAGCCCCGUCAAGAAGCCGAAGGUGGAGCCGGUUCGACCUCUGGCCGUCUCCACGUCGCGCUUUCAAGUGUCAGUCGGGGACUCGAAACAGAUCGACCUGAAGGUCCCUGCUCAUAAGUACCACAAUCCUAAGUACUCGCUAGUGUUUGGAAACAAUGUGGGCCUCACACGUUCCUUACAAGACCUCUCAAGUCCAAGCGACUCACUGAUUGGUGGAAUGAGCCAGAAAGGCUUCCUGGAAAACGGCUUCUCUAACGUCAAAAGUAGCAGCAAGGAAAAGGUGGGAAGAGCCUCCCCUGGCUCACACAUGGAGGAGGAGGCGGAGGAUGGAAAGGAAGCAUUUAAGAAGACUCACUCACCUGGUGUGAAGAAGCAGCGCAGCUCCUUUAGGCACUUCUUAAAAGGCAGGGCAGCCAAUCAGAGCACAGAGACUAUAGAAGAAGGCACGGCCUCUCCUCAGAGCACCUCCCCCACCUGUAGAGUGUCAGAGACAAACGGCUCGGCAGGAAACGAGCUGGAUGACUCAUCCGAGAUCACCGACAAACCAGGGCCGCUGAAAUCCAAAACCAAAAAGGCCUCGAAACACAUUCAGAGAAGCGUGUCUCUGCAGACCAUCAAUACAGGAGACGAAGACGGUUUCAAAAGUCGCCGCCGGCAUCAGAAGAAGAACUGCAUCCAGUCCUGAAAUCAAAACCAGGAAGACGAUCUGCCACAAAAGUCAGAAGCACCUGGAUGAUGAGGAUCAUGUGCUUGUACGGCUCAGUCACAGGAUCGCCUCGCUUUAACCAGGUGACACUAGGACGGAGGGAAGGCAGUGGCUGCUCCGCUGCAGCCGGGGUGAAAGUCCGCAGCUGUGCCCUCGUGGGAGCCUCUAAACAGCUGUUAGAGUUCAGCUAAGCACGGGGGCGACCUUUCAGCCAAAGGCAGAUCCGAUCGCCGUCAGUUUGUUGGGCUUUUGUAUUAAAUUAUUCCACCGUUAAAGUGCCUUCGCUCUUGUAUGUUUGAAAGUAAACACCCCAGAGUAGUCGUCGUGGGACGUCCCUGGUUUCUAUGGAGACGGGAAAAGUGAUCAGUUUGCAGAGGAGCCUUGACAACAGAGCGGGUGUUCAUCAGAGUCUGCUGCUCUGCUGUAAAUAAUGCAGUUCUGUGGCGGCAGCAGCACUUUUCUCUUUGCACUUUUGGACUUUUUGUCCAGUUUAAACUGGGAAUUAUUAAAAUGUGAAUCCUUGAAAUGAAAGGUUGAUUUGAUUUUUGUAGCAGAAAUGAAAUAAAGAUGUGUUUUACAGCCGAUUAAAUGUCUAUUAGAAUUAGUUUACACACACGGAGCGGAAGAUUCAAAAGGUGAACUCCUUAAUUUUAUAACUGCCAUCAUGUACAGAGGUACCUGCACAACCUUAUAGUAGUAUAUAAUAAUAACCAAAAUCACAGAUGGAGAAAGUGUCUUCAGCAGUUUUUGGGUUAGUUCUAUAAAGUCUGUUUUGUAAAGGUGAAAAAAUCACAUAAUACUAUUAAGCGUUGAAAAGGUGAGUAACGUUACACCUCACGGCCCAGAGAAAACGAUGGCGGAACAAUAGAGCUGCAUUCUGUGGUAUUCACUGUAACUUUCACCCACAGCCUGUAGAAACCCAGAGGAUCAUGUGCUGUGUCAUCAUCUUCUUGGUCAACGUUCCAUCCUCUGUUUUCAGAGCAGAGGUUGCAGACACACCACCUGGUACGUUCUAAAGGCAGCCUUGUGUUUGUUGUGUGUCCGUUUUCCAGUAGAUUGGAAUUAACUUCCAUGUUUGAGCAUCAGACAUCUCCUUCCUGUCUUUGUAGGGGAUUUAAUUGGACCAGUUUAUGGAGUCCAUUGUUUGAUCAAAUGGAUUUUCAUCUGCUGUACCCUGUAUCUGUGUUGAUGAAAACAGAGCUGUUUUGAGCCAUCGCUCCUCCAAAUAGUGUGAAUUCAUUGGAUCCUAUUCUGAUGUUACUGUACAAUGAAACUGAAGCUAAAAAAUCCAGACUACAAUGAACAAAAGCCAACUGACAAAAUGUUGCUCCUGUGAUCGAAGAACACCCUUUUCUUUCCUUCCUUUUUUAAAAAACUAAAAUUUACUUUUAAUGUCAGUCACUACAAUUAAUGUAAAUACUGUAUAAUAUAUACUAAACAACAAUUAUUGUCCCCAGCAACUAAUUUAAA